GCUGGGGAGAAGCGGGUUUGUUUUUGAAUCUGCGGUGGCGGCGAGUGGAGCGCACGGCUGAGACGGCAGCGUCCGGGACGGCUGCACGGGACGGCUCCGUAGGAAGGAACUCGGGUCCCAGGCCCUCACCUCCCGCCCCCGAAGAUUCAAAAUGGAUAGUAUAGAAGAACCUCAGAAAAAAGUCUUCAAGGCUCGGAAAACAAUGAGAGCGAGCGAUCGCCAGCAGCUUGAUGCUGUGCACAGAGUCAAAGAGGAGCUGCUGAGAGCCGAUGGGAGGUUGUUGAAUGGGAACCAUGAAAAUGGAGACUUGGAUCCCUCUUCACCUUUGGAAAACACAGACUGUGUUCAGGACAGAGAAGAAGUGAAUGGUAUUGAUGGCAUUUGUUUGGAAUCUGAAGAAAGUAAAACAGAAUGGAAAGAAACACCUUGUAUCCCCAAUGUUGGUGUGAAAAACAAGCAAGAAGAUUUGAAUAGUGAAGCUUUGUCCCCCAGUAUAACUUCUGAUCUUGCUUCUAAAGUAACCACUGAACCAGCUUCUGGUACGCCAGCCUCUGAUAACCCAGGCUGUGGUACCCCAGCCUCUGAUAAGCCAGCCUCUGAUAACCCAGUCUCUGGUGAUCUGACUGCAGGAGAGCUGGCCACUAGAGUACCAGCUGCUGGUGACUCUGCCUGUCAGGAGCCUCCCUCCAGUGAUCCCUCCUCUAGCGAUCCCUCUUCCAGUGAUCCCACCUUGAGUGAUCCCUCCUGUAGUGAUCCCAUCUCUGGAGAUACUGCUUCUGAAGAACCCGCCUCUGAUGAUCUUGUCUCUAGUGAGUCCACCUCUGGUGAACCAGUUUCUGGUGAGCCAGUGUCUCAUGAACCAGCUUCAGGUGAAGCAGAUACAAGUGAACCAGCUUCAGAUGAAACAGUCACAAAUGCAGUGGCGUCUUGUGAGCUGGCUCCUGGGGAAUCAGCUUUGGAUGAUUGUGUCACCUCUGGUGAUUCACCUUCUGAGGAUCUGCCUUCUAGUGAGGAGUCCCUUCGCAGGUCUGUCUGCAGCAGACUGGCUUCUGGUGAGCUGACUCCUGGUGAGCUCACUGUGGAAUCAGCCACUGACACUUUGAAACCAAGUUCAGUGCCAGUUUGUGAACCAGGUCCUGACACUGACAAGACAGAGCAGAGUAGCAAUAACAGUGAUGAUUGUUUAGACAAGAAUGAAGACGAUGAAAACCUAGACCAAAUUCAAAGUAAAGACUCAUUUGAUGAGGGAAAUAAAGUGAACAGUAAUGUUGGUGAGAAGGAAGAAACUCUAGAAACACAUAGUGCAAUUAUUUGUUCCGAUCUACCUCCAGAAAAUAUGAAGAAGGUAGAGGAAGAGCCUAUUGCUGAGCCUGCUCUUGAAGAAGAAGCCAUCUCCAGCAGCAUGGAAGUUGACCAAAGCGAAAAGGAUGGGCAUAAAAGUCCUGCAGAACUUGUAGAAGCUGUCAGUGAGGACCCCACAGAAGACGACAAGAAGGAGGAUACUGUCUUGGACAACACGGAUUCUAUGGAAACAGAUGAGAUCAUCCCGAUUUUGGAAAAACUCGCACCCACUGAGGAUGAACUCAGUUGCUUUUCAAAAACUUCUCUCCUUCCAGUUGAAACAAGUCAAGAUUUGGAGGAUAAAAUGGAGGGUUCUUUUGGCUCGCCCUCAAAACAAGAAAGUAGUGAGAAUUUGCCAAAAGAAGCCUUUUUAGUCCUUUCUGAUGAAGAGGAUAUUUCGUGUGGAAAAGAUGAGCCUGAAGUUCUAGCCCAGAAUAAGAUGAGCUCUUCAGAGGGAGAAAGGAGUGAGGAAGCCAGCAAAGCAGAGGAAGAGAAGCGAGUGCCAGACGAGGAGCAGCCACCUGUGAGAAAUGAAUUUUCCAGACGAAAGCGUUCUAAGUCAGAAGACAUGGACAGUGUGCAGUCCAAACGCCGGCGAUACAUGGAAGAAGAAUAUGAGGCCGAGUUUCAAGUAAAGAUCACAGCCAAAGGAGACAUCAACCAGAAGCUUCAAAAGGUCAUACAGUGGUUGCUACAAGAAAAACUGUGUGCUCUACAGUGUGCUGUAUUUGAUAAGACAUUGGCAGAAUUAAAAACUCGAGUGGAGAAGAUAGAGUGCAACAAGAGGCAUAAGGCAGUGCUCACCGAACUGCAGGCCAAGAUAGCCAGAUUAACCAAACGUUUUGGAGCAGCCAAAGAUGAUCUUAAGAAAAGACAAGAAAGCCCUCCAAACCCACCUAUAUCACCAGGAAAGCCUGCCAAUGAUGUCAACAGCAAUAAUAAUGUGACCUACAGAAAUGCAGGCACAGUGCGACAGCUGCUGGAGUCCAAAAGAAAUGUUAGUGAGGGUCCACCACCAUCCUUUCAAACUCCUAUGAAUACAGCGUCUUCAGCCAGUCAUGCCACGUCUACAGCAGUUGUCAGUAGUCAGCCCAAACUGCAGACCUCAGCAACCUCAGGCUCUCUGCCGGCAGCACCUCUUCUUCCUGCACCCAGCACAGCCACAGUAGUUACCACUACUCAGGUGCCUAGUGGGAACCCUCAGCCUACGAUCUCUCUGCAGCCCUUGCCAGUGAUUCUGCAUGUACCUGUGGCAGUAACCUCUCAGCCUCAGCUCCUACAAAGCCAUCCAGGGACUUUAGUGACUAAUCAACCAUCUGGCAAUGUGGAAUUCAUAUCUGUGCAAAGCCAACCUACAGUGAGUGGUCUUACCAAAAAUCCAGUGUCCUUGCCACCCUUGCCAAACCCCACUAAACCAAACAUUCCAUCAGUGCCCAGUCCUAGUAUUCAGAGGAACUCUUCAGCCACUGCUGCACCUUUGGGAACAACACUUGCUGUACAGGCCGUUCCAACUGCACAUUCUAUUGUGCAAGCCACGAGGACUUCUCUGCCCACAGUAGGCCCAUCAGGACUCUAUAGCUCGUCAACCAGUCGAGGCCCCCUACAGAUGAAAAUCCCAAUACCUGCAUCAUUUAGCACUUCAUCUUCUGCAGAACAAAAUAGCUCUGCCACCCCAAGAAUUGAAAACCAGACAAACAAAACAAUAGAUUCUUCUGUUAACAAGAAAGCAGCUGAUAGCACAUCACAGAGUGGAAAAGCUAGCAAUGACUCAAGUGGUGUCAUUGACCUCACGAUGGAUGAUGAAGACAGUGGAACCACACAAGACCCCAAAAAGCUAAACCCUCCUCCUGCACCUACUGUGAGCACUUCUCAGCCCAUGUCUCGACCAUUGCAGCCCAUUCUACCAGCGCCGCCUCUACAACCAUCUGGGGUGCCGACUAGUGGGCCAUCUCAGGCAACUAUCCACGUCCUGCCUACAGCUCCAACCACCGUGAAUGUAACACAUCGUCCAGUAACUCAGGUGACCACAAGACUCCCUGUCCCACGAGCUCCUGCAAACCACCAAGUGGUUUAUACAACUCUCCCUGCACCGACCGCUCAGGCUCCCCUGCGAGGAACUGUUAUGCAGGCUCCUGCUGUUCGUCAGGUCAAUCCUCAAAAUAGUGUUACAGUUCGAGUGCCUCAGACAACCACGUACGUUGUAAACAAUGGACUGACCCUAGGAUCAGCAGGGCCUCAGCUCACGGUGCAUCACAGGCCACCACAAGUGCACAAUGAGCCCCCACGCCCUCUGCAUCCAGCGCCCUUACCAGAAGCCCCACAGCCGCAGCGUCUGCCCCCGGAAGCUGCCAGCACUUCUCUGCCUCAGAAACCACACUUGAAGUUAGCGCGCGUUCAGAGUCAGAAUGGCAUUGUCCUGUCGUGGAGCGUCCUGGAAGUGGACCGAAGCUGUGCUACUGUGGACAGCUACCAUCUGUAUGCCUACCACGAGGAGCCCAGUGCCACCGUGCCCUCACAGUGGAAAAAGAUCGGGGAAGUCAAAGCCCUGCCCUUGCCGAUGGCUUGUACUCUCACACAGUUUGUGUCUGGCAGCAAGUACUACUUCGCAGUGCGCGCCAAGGACAUUUAUGGCCGGUUUGGGCCUUUCUGUGACCCUCAGUCCACGGACGUGAUCUCUUCCUCCCAGAACAGUUAGACCUUGGAGCCCUUUAUCUUCCACUUUUGAAAGUUUCACAUUUUGGGCUUGUUUUUAAUCUUGUGCAUGAAAUUCAAUGUAAAAAUCUACCUUGUGCAAGAUCUCCCGGACAGAUGACUGUAUACACUACAUUUGUUUAUAACCGGAAGUAAAAUAAAUUCAGCCCAUAAAGCAAGUCUUCCCUGAACAAUUCAAACUUCAGGGUUUUGAAAUGUAUAUUUAUUCCUUGCUUUGGUUUUGAGGCUGGGGGAUACGUA